CUGCUCUACACACCUCGGGUUAAACCUGCUGCACUUCUGUCGUCUGGCUCACAUUUCAUGUUCACAAACAGACAAUUAAUCCAAGAAGGUCGCUAAUCCGUCAUAUUUCAAAUUCAAAUGUGCUGAUUUCAUGGUUACCUCAAGUUUCUGUUUACUUUUAUUCAGUCCCUGGAAAAAAAAGUAUUUUCUGACUAACUAGAAAAUGAAAGGAACAAAACCUAGAAAGUGACAUUAAAGGGGACAGAUCAUGCUUUUCAGUUCUUCCUUUUCACAAUGAAAUCAAUCAGCUGUGGUCAUUGUAGAGUGGAACUGCUGUGCUUUAGUCUGAAUUCCUUGUUAAUUUAUCGUUGCGUUCCUCCUUUUUGCCCCUGUUCUGAGGUAUGUCUUGUUUUGGUGCUGUCUCUUUAAAUCAGGAGGCACUUCACCCCCUUCAGGUCGCAUAGCGUUCCAGUCGAUCCAUUUCUGUAGUCAGUUUAAUAAACAACCUGUGACUUGUAGCUUCGCCUUUGUUCAGCUUAGACCACAAAAUAACUCAGAGAAAUAAAAAUGGCGGAUUUGCAAAAUUAUUCAGCCACACUUCUAUGAUCUUGUCUAGCAGCUCAGCAGCAAAUACUGUAAUGUAUUUGUUUAAAAAAGUAACAAAGAACAGAGAAAACUGAAUAGCUUAAAAAAUAUCACCCAUAAAGAAUCUAAAGAUGUCUUUGCAGCUCUUGGAGAGACUACAUUAAACUUUUCUGUGACUCCAAGGACACAGGAAGCAUUUAAGGGCUAAAAUGGUGGAUUUUAUUUUUAAACUAAAGGUUUGAAACUGGCCAGCAAUGCAUAACAUUAUGACCACUCACAAGUGAAGUUAGUAAUACUGCUAUUUUUUCAUGAGGCCACCGGUUAGAUGUACAAGAUUAACAGUAUUUAGGAGCAUUUAGAGAACAUUUCGUUCUUAAAGUGGAUCCGUUGGAAGCAGGAAAAUGAGACAGAGCAAUUAUGAGGAACAGUUUAAAACUAGGGCUAGAUUGUGAUGUGGGCCAGAGACUGUCCAGAACCGCAGCUCUAAACCGGACCCAGUUCUCCGUGACAGAGCUCUGCAGACAGCUGGUGUUCAGAAGGUCCAAAGAAGUUCUGAAAAUGUCUAUUCCGACCCACCGUCAGUGCAAAGUGGAGAUUCAGAACAAGACCUCCAGCUUUACGCUGUGUGAGCCGCUAGUCCAUCUCAUCAGCGGGCACUGUGAGUCUCCUCUGCCUCCAACUCUCCGUCCAACUGAAACCGGCACCGCGCUUUUCGUCAAGACGCCCGACACGGCAUGUGGCUCCGUGGCCGUCUUCACCUACAACAUCCUGGAGGAGUCCAACAGGUAUAUCUUCAGACGGAUGGCCGUCAUGUUCUCCGUCCCAUAUGACUUCAACAUCUACUCCAACUGGUACGCGGUGGGGGUGUUUAACAAGGACAAGCUGUGCGACGAGGAUCUCUACAAGGAGAUGUACUACGGCGAGGAGCACAGCUUCGUCCGAGGAAAGGCCAGCGGGCCCAGUCUGACCUACAAAGCGGGCUUCGACACCAUCAGGGUCAGCAUGUCUGACAGCUACCAGCCGGUCCUGAAGGUGGAUCUCUCCGACUACUGAGACCUGUGGCUCCUCCUGGUCCAGUUCAUCCUGGAUCAGCUGGUUCCACUCAACCCAUUUAUCUUUAUCCAGCAAAAGCUUCUUCUAUUAUAAUGUAACCAUCUGCAUCUGCACUCAUACCAAUUUUCCUGCUUUCUUUCAGUUUAAAGAGUAUUAACCAGCUAAAGCAUGUGCUUUACCAUCUUUAGCUUGUCCAGUUGAAAAAAGUUAAUUUAGCAUGAACUUAAUCUGGAUUUGGUCCAAUUUGAAUGCGUCAUCCCAAUUAAACAAGUCAAACUAAUAGUAGAUCACUGACCCCUGUCAAGAUACCUCAGAAUCGGUGGUGUGGUGAGCUCGCCCAUCUUCCAUGAUUAUUCACAAAUUAAUAAAAUAAUUGGGAAAUAAUGUUUAUUUUCGUGUUGUAAAUGUGUCAGACAGGCUAAGGAGAAAACAGAUUUUAAUAUGUUCAGUUGAGAGAAUGUGGGGUAAGAGUGGGAGUCAGUUAGAUGAUGGGUGGAAAGAGGUAGUAACGGUUGAAGAGAAAGCAGAUGUUUACAGUAAAUCUGCCAAGAAAAAAAAGAAGUGGGCCAUCUGUGGCUCAGAAGAAGAGGAACAAGACCUUUUGACUCAACUGACCUGCUGCCUGGGGUAAAGGUGAUGAGGUGAUAAGGGACUUUGUGCAGCUGUUCAAUAAAGGGGGAUGGUUCAAAGUUUUGCAACCUCCUAACAGUUCUCAAAGCGCUUAAAAGAGACCUGUCAAAUGUGUUCUGGGCUCAGUUCUCAUCUCAGAAGACAUGCAGCACGGAGCAGAAGAAAGAAGAACCAAGAUGGAAAGAAGAUCAACAAGCCAAAGGAAGAACACGGUGUCCCUGUCUCUGAGAACCACCAAGAUGGAGUCAAAUUAUCAAUUUUUCGUGUUGUUCCACCAUUUGGGGCCAACAAUCUGCAAAUCCUGUCAAGAAGAAUUGCUGUGGUUUUGAACUGGUUGAUGAGAAGAACCUGGAUGUUCCAGAAAUGGGAGACAUACCCAUGAGAUGUCAGUUCUGAAGCUGAAACAACUUGUCAAUCAGAAGAGGUGGACCUUAGACAAGGGCAUCAAAGCAGGGGCUCAAGGCGAGAGUCUUUGUGAAUGAGACAUUAAUGGGACAUCGGGGUUGCCAGAGGAGGGAAGUUUUUCGGCUGAACAACUCCUUCAUCCUAAAAUCAAAGACACUUUGGGAUUCCAUCUGUGGUUCUGGUCAGUCUGCUCCUCUAAAUUGAAAAGACUCUCCUUAACACAUUAGUAAGCAGCCUUGGAUAAGAGUUAGGAAGUUGAUUAAAUUUUUAUUUGUGAUUUGUUAAAUUGCUUAAUGCUGUUGCUUAUUCCCUGCUAAAGCAUACUAAUUAAAGAGGCAUAUACAAUUUUA